AUGAUGACCAUGAACGGAAAACAGCACUUCAGCAUGCACCCGGCCCUGCACGAGCCCAAGUACCCCGGCCUGCACGCGGGCUCGGAGGGCAUGCGCAGAGUGUGUGUGUCUGGCCCGCAGCUGCAGGGCAAUAUAUUUGGAGGCUUUGAUGAGAGCCUGCUGGCGCGGGCAGAGGCUCUGGCGGCGGCUGACAGCAUCGUCUCUCACGGCAAGAGCCACGCGUUCAAAGCAGACGUGACUUAUCAUACCAUGAGCAGUGUCCCCUGCACCUCAGCCCCUUCCUCCAGCGCCUUGAACAUCUCCCACGUGCCGUCCACCAUAGCGUCGCACCACCAUCACCCUCACCUGGGCCAGGGCCUGGAGGCCGGGGACCUGCUGGAGCACCUGUCCAGCAGCCUGGCUGUGAGCGGGAUGGGAGGUCCGGAGCCCCCGGGGAUGACGGCACCGGCGCACCACCACCAUCUGCAGACCAUGGGCCAGCUGCACCAGGCUAUGGCCACCAUGGCGCACCCACACUCGCUCUCUAUGCACGGGGGCAUGGUCAACGACGUGGAGUCGGAUCCACGGGAGCUGGAGGCGUUUGCGGAGCGCUUCAAACAACGCAGGAUCAAACUCGGUGUGACACAGGCGGACGUGGGCUCUGCCUUGGCCAACCUGAAAAUCCCGGGAGUGGGGUCACUCAGUCAGAGCACCAUCUGCCGGUUCGAGUCUCUGACCCUGUCCCACAACAACAUGAUUGCGCUCAAGCCCGUUCUCCAAGCGUGGCUGGAGGAAGCCGAGGCAGCAUACCGAGAGAAAAGCAGCAAGCCGGACCUUUUCAACGGGAACGAACGAAAAAGGAAACGCACGUCCAUCGCCGCGCCAGAGAAGCGCUCUCUAGAGGCGUACUUUGCCAUCCAGCCGCGGCCCUCCUCGGAGAAAAUUGCAGCCAUUGCAGAGAAGUUGGACCUGAAAAAGAACGUGGUUCGAGUGUGGUUUUGCAACCAGAGGCAAAAACAGAAACGAAUGAAAUACUCCGCUGCGCACUGA